AUGGUUGAAACACAAGCCAUCAGCGGCACCCAGGACCCUUCAGCUGACACGCUUGAAAGGGGUGUCGAAAUCCAGACGAUCAAUUCAGAGUCAGAUGACGAGGGAGGGCAAGGAGAAAGUUCAGCGAAAGAUGAUAGAUUCUUAAGCUUGACUGAGAAGGGUGAUAUUGAAGCCUACCGCAUUCCUAAUAAUGAGUUGUGUGGGAAGAAGGAAACAGCUGUGACGAGGACAAGCACGAAGAGUAGUUGGAAAGAUCCUGGGCCACCUCCUGAUGGAGGCAUGAGUGCGUGGGCGCAAGCCAUCUUUGGGCAUCUGGUAGUAAUGAAUACAUGGGGUUUUAUCAACUCUUUCGGCGUCUUCCAAACAUACUACGUAGAAGCGCUUGGUCGACCGCCAUCUGAUAUUUCCUGGAUAGGCUCUUUCCAAGUCUUCCUCCUCUUCUUCAUCGGCACGUUCACUGGACGACUCACAGACGCUGGAUACUUCCGGCCCGUAUUCCUCUUUGGCUCAUUCGCUGGUGUAUUCGGUGUCUUUAUGGCCUCUCUAUCUACCAAAUACUGGCAGCUGUUCCUCGCUCAAGGAGUAUGUUGCGGUCUUGGAAACGGAUCUUUGUUUUGCCCCUCGUUGACAAUUCUGAGCACGUACUUUAGCAAGAAGAGAAGUCUAGCUAUUGGGAUUGCGGCGGCGGGGAGUGCGACGGGAGGAAUGAUCUUCCCUGCGAUGGUGCAGCAGCUUUUGCCCCGAGUUGGGUUUGCGUGGACUAUGAGAGCAUUGGGAUUUGUGCAGCUUGGAUGUUUGAUCGUUUGCAAUAUUGGGAUUAGACCUCGUGUGCCUCCGAGAAGGACGGGCGAGCUGGUGGACUGGGUUUCGUUCAAGGAAGUGCCGUAUGUGCUUUUUGCCAUUGGCAUGUUCUUUAACUUCUGGGGCGUCUACUUCGCAUUCUACUACCUUGGUUCUUUCGCUCGCAACAUUAUUGGCUUACCCUAUACCGAAUCUAUCAACCUCCUCAUAGUCCUGAAUGGGGUAGGAGUCAUGGGACGUAUCGUGCCCAACUAUCUUGCAGAUCGGUAUUCGGGUCCUUUGAAUACCCUCAUCCCAGUAGUCAUAGUCACUUCGGUGUUAUGUUUCUGUUGGAUUGCUGUCUCUUCCAGAGGGGGUCUAUACGCCUGGGCAGUGAUAUAUGGGAUUGUUGGAGCUGCAAUCCAAAGCUUGUUCCCGGCGACAUUGAGCAGCUUGACCACGGACUUGAGAAAGGCUGGUGUGAGGAUGGGUCAGGUCUUUACUAUCGUCAGCUUUGCGGUAUUGACGGGGCCGCCUAUUGCUGGAGAGCUAAUUCAAAGAAAGGGGGGUGACUUUGAGUAUGCGCAGAUCUUUGCGGGGUUGGCUUUGUUCAUCGGCUGUCUUUUUCUCCUCGCGGCGAGGUGGAUAAGGAGUAAACAGCUAAGAGUGAAGAUGUAA